GACAGUGAACACUUGUCGAUUGUCGUUGUUGAGCUAAAGUUAUUCAUUAAUAUUAUAAUCAUCGUAUCGUAAUUAAUCGAAAUUCAUGAAUAAAUAAGUUGAUUUAUGUGUAUAUUAGAAGAUUUUCGUAAAAUUUUGGAGCAGACUCGUGCCUGGCGAACACGAAGUGCGAUGACAAUUAUUUUUACUAUUUUGUGUCAUCAAGUAAGGAUUAACAAAUACAAAAGGAUGAUGAAAAUAUGGUCUGAAGAGUUUCCAGUUUUGACCAAAAUUCUUCAAGAAUUAUUCCACUUGCAUUGUUUCUACGUAAGAAUUCAUCAAUUUCUUCGGUAUACAUCGGCGUGGUUGCGGUUAUUCAUUAGCCGAUCAGAACGGAGUCAACGGAGAGUCUCGAGACAUCGAAGGGCGGUUUACAUUGUGUUAAUAAAAAUGAUAAACUGUUGUGUGCUUAUAAAAGUGUAGUGUGCAUUGUGUGUUGUGUGUACGAGAAAAAAAAGGAAGAGACAGUUUGGUGCAUUUUUGUUGUUUAAAAGAG